CCAAGAUUAAUUGUGAGCGUGUGAUUUGAAGCUGUCUCGCUACGUAAACACCACUAGAAGAAGACAGGGUUGAAGAUCUUCUAGUUUACGUACUUGGUGGACCGGUCUGCCAGCGGGAAUGCUCAAUUCUCAAAUAUCUUUAUCUGAACUCUCAAAGAUGUCGGGUCCAAGCCAAGCCGAGAGGGCUGUUUUGGAGGAGGAGUUUAACUGGUUGCUGAAGGAGGAGGUCCAUGCUGUUUUGAAGCAGCUCCAGGAUAUACUCAAGGAGGCAUCCAGGAGGUUCUCCAUGCCCACCCCUGGACUGGAGAGCCAACUGAAACAGGAGAACUUCAUCCUGGGCAGCUCAACACAUCAUCAUCAACAACAACAGUUUUCUAAUCUGCCGGGAUUUGAGUCUAUGACAAGCAUGGACCAGGUGAAAGGAGUACUGACUCUACAGGGAGAAGCCCUGACUCAAGCUGACAUCAAUCUGAAAACUGCUAAAAGCAACCAAGUGAUGCAUUUCACAUUCAGGGAUGAUAAGCACUGGAAAUUUCAACAGAUCCAGGAUGCUAGGAACCAUGUCAAUCAGGCUCUGCAGCUGCUGAGUAGUAGAGAUGAGAGUUACCACUUUAAGACUGGGGCUGAGGUCAACAAGCUGAUGGACGCGGUGAUGCUGCAGCUGACCAGGGCUCGUAACCGCCUCACCACACCAGCAGCCAUGACCCUGCCGGAGCUGGCCACCAGCGGCCUCACAAAGAUGUUCACUCCUCCGAUGCCCAGUGAUGUGAUGGUGAACUUCUAUAUCAACCUGAGUAAGCUGUGCCUGACCGUCUACCAGCUGCACCCAAUGCAGCCCAACACCACCAAGAACUUCAGGCCAUCUGGAAGCUCUGUGUUACACAACCCUGGAGCCAUGUUUGAGCUGAACAAUGCUAAGUUUGAGGUGAGCCAGGUUCACAAGGUGGAGUGUGUUGUCCCCUGGCUCAACAACACACUGCUCUUCUUCACCAUCUCACUGCAGCUCUGUCAGCAGCUCAAGGACAAGAUUUCAGUCUUCUCUAGUUUCUGGAACUACCGACCCUUCUAACCAACUGCCGCUAGCUGACCAUCAGAAUGGCUAGGUGUUCUGUCCAAAUCCUUCACACCAACCAACCAACCAACCCACCCAGAUAAAAGGGAUGUCUUGGAAAUAUUGUCUGAUUGAAGUGGGUUUUGUUUGUAUAAUUUACAGGAGAACAGCCGGAUCAAACUCCAUAUAUAUAUAUAUAUUACCAGUGUUUAGUAUUCCAGGGUUUAGAGCCCAUCCAUGUGUUACAGCUGCUUUAAUUCAGUCCCACAUCAACCCCUAGACCCUAACAUCUACUCCCGACUUGUGGAGAAAGUAUAGGAGGAAGCAAUAUGGUGGAGCUACUACCAGUAGUACUAGUACUGGGACUACCUACUACCAUAUUACAAUAUCUAUCCAAUAUAUUCAGUGUUUCCCCUAGCUG